GAGGCUUUGGAUUUUUUUUACAGUGGGAUUGUGUAUGUAGAUUUGGAGGUUUAUAGGAAAGUGAAAUAAUUAUCGUCGUUUUUUUCAUGUAUCUUUGGAUCCAGGAUUUGUAUGGCCUCUUUUCUUGGGGGACUCAAACUUUUUUGUUUUUGAUAUACAAGGCAUCAUUGGUGUUGCGUGUUCCGCAACUUUUUGUUUUUUUGGCUAUUAGAACGGUAGCAGUAUUGACUUUUACGAUUCUACAAUACUUUGAAAAUUUCUUCUUUUUAAAUACCUUUUUUACCUUUUCGCUUCUGACUUUUUUUAUCUUUUUGCUUCUUUUUGAACUUGUAUAUAUUCAUUUUAAGAUGUCCUCCUUGUUGUGGGGGUAUCGUGAUGGUUUAUACAGGACUUUAUAAGAAUUGAGAAUUACGAUGCCAGUGUUUGCGAGAAUGAUUUUGUGUUCGCUACUCGUAUAUGGUUUAUUGAAACUUGGUCUGUGAGAGCAUUGUUCAAAUGAUGUCUGGAUAUUCC